CCAGAGUGAUGGCGGCGGCGGCGGCGGGGCCGGUGGCCGGGGCUCCGGUGGGAGGGAUGACGGGCGGAGCCAAGGCGAAGGCGGCGGCGGCGGCCCAGGCGAGGCAGCGGGCUGGGCCGGCGUCGUCGUCGUCGUCGCAGCCCGCUGUGGCGUCGGGGCUUCCUGGCGGGCUGUAGGCGGCGUCAUGGAGCGGAGGCCUCUGGCAGGCAGGGAGGCCCAGGCAGGGUGGGCCGCCCUGCUGGGCCGGGAGCGGCAGGCGCGCGAGUACUGCCCCGGGGUGAGCAACCAGCCGUACGUGUGCGAGACGGGCCACUGCUGCGGGGAGACGGGCUGCUGCAUCUACUACUACGAGCUCUGGUGGUUCUGGCUCCUCUGGACCGUCCUGAUCCUCUUCAGCUGCUGCUGCGCCUACAGGCACCGCCGCGCCAAACUGCUCCUCCAGCAGCAGCAGCGGCAGCGGGAGAUCAACCUCAUUGCUUACCACGGUGCCUGCAACUACCCCCCGUCCAUGAUGGAUCUCAGGAUGCUGGCUUCUUUCAAGCUGCCUGCCUACGAGGAGGUGGCGCACCGCCCAACCACCCCACCUCCCCCGUACAGUGCCAUCCUGGGAGGGUCAGCCAGCCACCUGGGCUCCAGUACCUUGACACUGACAGGCAGCUCUGAGAACUAUACCAGCUGCUCGUGUGAAUCCAGCUGCCUGACGUCGCCCAGCAGCACCUCACUGUCAGCCACGGAGGCCAGCACCCCAAGUGAGGCAGGGGAGCCCGAGGAGGGGGCUGGCGGCUGCAGCAGCAGCCCAGGGGGCAGCUGGGAGCUGGCCAGCAAGUCAGCUCCCUGCUCUGCCCCCUCACCCCCCAGGCAUGCCCUCUUCUCCUCCACCGUGGAGCUCUUUGAAGGGGAUCCCCAGCGGGGCUCCGACAGCGAGGACGCACCAGACGUCAUGGAUGAAGGGGAACAUUUCCGUCACCGCCGGCUGACGGGUGACUCUGGGAUAGAGGUGGGACGUGGCCAGGAUGAGGAAGAGGCCGCAGGGGAGGAGAGUGAGGAGGAGGCGGCCCACUUGCUUGGCAAGGGGCUUCCUUGUCCUCCUCCUGGCCCUGAGCCCCACAGUCUGUGUGUGGGGCAGAUGGAAGGUGAACCUGAAGAACUGGCCUCCUCACCUACGUUGCCUGUUUGAAGGGGACCUGCCCUGCUUGGCUGACUUCCCCUUCCUGCUUUCCGGGGGCUGCCCUUCCUGACACAUCAGACUCUGUUGCUGCUGCUGCUGCCUUUGCACCAGGAGCAGGAUGUGGGGGAGCCAGGGCUUCUGUCCCCUGCAGUUCACUGUGGAGAAUUACUGCCUUAGCACCAACACUGCCCUGUCCUUAGCCAGAUUUCCGUCUUUCGUUUACCUGCCUUAGGUAGCUUCUAGUGUCC